AUGAGCCAGCCAUCAACUUCCGACGAUCUCGAAGGUGGCAGAUUUACAUCACUUACCACAGACUUUGAUGAACGUCGGUGCUAAGAUGCCACAAAUCCUCCCGCAGCAGCAGCAGCAGCAGCAGCAAUCGACGCCGACUCGCAGCUCAAAGUGGGGGAGGGAACCUCGACGCGUCCCUCCGUGCGACGGGGCGCCUCAGCCGCCGCCGCUGCUGUCGUCGUCGCACGACCCUCAACUUCAUCACCCUUGACGUCGGACUCAUCGCUGUCUGGUCCUGAAGAGACCUCACCCGCUGCUUCUGCAACACCCGUGAUGCGAUACCCACUUCGCACCAUCUCCACCCAGCCCAACGCCCCCACAGCCAGCUCAACCAAUGUCCGUCGCAAAUGGAACGACGAACACCAUCUCGUUUUGACUCGACUCGUCAAAGGGUAUCAGAACGCUGGACAGGAAGUCGAUUGGGAAGAGGUGGGACGACAGAUUGGGAGGAGCGCGACGGCGACGAUCAGCAAGUGGAAGAGGUUGGUGCAGACCAAGUCGGUACCCAAGGAAAAUGCCAAGUUGCGAGGUGCUGCGUCAAAAUUUGCACCGGCGGUCUCGGAGCCGAGUUCGCCUUCGACUGCGAGCAGCGGUGCGACGGGGUCCCGCCAGAAAGCAACAGGGAAAACGGAGAAGGAACGACAGACGUCGCUCAAGGAGACGAGGAGGACGAUCAAGUUGAUCACCUCGGAUCAGAACACGAGCGCCAAGACUACUACUUCCAAAAGGAUUAAGAAACGAGAGGAAGUGCAGGAUCAAGGUGGUGAAGGCGAGGAACGCGAGCAAAAGUCCAUCGCAAUCAAGACAGAGACCCCUGUGUUAAGCGCCGAGAAGGGCGAGGAGCACAAGCCAGUCCACGCACCAUUCGAAGCAGAGAGUGCCAACUUUUUCAAAGGUGAGGCAAAAUUGAGCCAUCUGCUCUGAUCGAUCACGAAUAACUGAUGUAGUGUUUCUACAGGGCCCUUCGUUCCCGCCUCGUCGCCCCCUUCAUCUUCCCACACGUCGCCGACGUUCCGCCCAUGGACGCCUUCCGAAGACUUCAGCCUCGUCUACUCGGUCAUCCUUCGAGGCGAACACUCAUGGGAUGUGGUGAUGAAUGAACGCGCUCCCGAAACGCAACAUCAUCCUCCCUACGCGUCGGAUCAGGCGAGAUUGUUGCCUUCGCUGAGAGAGUGUGGGAGGUCGGUCGAUGAGGUGGUCGCUAGGUGGUUUGAAAGUUGGAGGGCUAGGGUCGCCGAGCAUGGGAGUGAGUGAGAUCAAGUUACAGACAAUCAUGAAGGCUAUCGACUGAUGACUCGCCUCUGUUGCACACAUGCUUAGAUCGUCCCUACACCUCGUCGAGUUCCUUCUUCAAAUCGUGCGCCGAGCCACAUCCCGACGCGCAACUUCUCCCGGACGCGGCUCCGCUGAUGUCUCGCGAGCCAUCGACCGAACCAUCACUAGCUCCAAGGAGGUCCUUCCAGUCGUACGUAUUUUACAAUGCACCUCCCCUCCCUCAGGCACCCGUCGUCUUGUACCACACCGCUCAGGCUCAGCUUCCAGCUCGAGACGAAGCGGUGUAUCCUUCUCAGCGUCCGAUCGACAUGUAUCAACAGAUGCCUCUCUCCAGCGCCAGCUACUACCCCAUCUCUCACUCUCCACUCAGCCUCCCACCUCAAUCGAGUCCCGUGCCUUGCCUCGACGCCACGACGCCCAAUUUCAGACCCAACCCCUACCCAAGCCCCCACGGCGCGCGAAACUUCCCCGGCCGAAGCCAUGACUCGCAAGUGCGUCGUUCUUCCGCCCCGGAGCAUGCUCAUUACGCAACCUCGCCAAGCGGUGGUCCUUAUCGUGCCCUCUUCGACCUCCACGAUCACCGUUACUCGCACCAACCGCUCCAGCCCGAGCUUCGCCGUCCACGCUCGAACACAUCCCCUACGGGAGCUUUGGCGACGUUCUCGAAGGAGGUCUCGGCGCCGAUGGCGGUUGAGGGAGGGAACCUGGCGGGUGCGGAAUACGUGGUGGGAGGAGAAGGGGUGCAUCUCUUCCCUUUGCGAGCGAGGGAUGAGGAGAUGCACCGAGAAAGCUGA